AUGACUCACUCCUGCUGCUCCCCGUGCUGUCAGCCCACCUGCUGUGAGGCCAGCUGCUGUCGGCCUUGCUGCCCCCCAACUUGCUAUCACACUAGUGAAAACACCUGCUGUAGGACCACCUGCUGCAAACCCACCUGUGUGACCACCUGCUGUCAGCCCACCUGCAGUGGGUCCAGCUGCUGCCAGCCUUGCUGUCGCCCUGCCUGCUGUCAGACCACCUGCUGCAGGACCACUUGCCUCAAGCCUGUUUGUGUGACCACCUGCUGCCAGCCCACCUGCUGUGAGUCCAGCUGCUGUCGUCCUUGCUGCCCACCAACUUGCUAUCAGACUAGUGAAAACACCUGCUGUAGUACCACCUGCUGCAAACCUACUUGUGUGACCACGUGCUGCCAGCCCACCUGCUGUGGAUCCAGCAGCUGUGGACAAACCUGCAGUGGGUCCAGGUGCUCUCAGCCUUGCUGCCAGCCAGCUUCCUGUGCACCUGUGUACUGCCACAGAACCUGCUACCACCCCACAUGCUUCUGCCUGCCUGGGUGCCUAGACCAGAGCUGUGGAUCCAGCUGCUGCCAGCCUUGCAGCCAUCCUGUCUGCUGUCAGACCACCUGCUGCAGGACCACCUGCUGCCGCCCUAGCUGUGUGUCCAGCUGCUGCCAGCCUUCCUGCUGCUGA